ACACGAGACUUAUGAUCUUCGCAUCGGUGUACAAAUCGAGAUAGGAAAUGACGAGUGCUAUAUAUCACAUAGGGGGAGACAAGGGCCCUCCUGCGAUCACCUCUGUCAUUAGCCAAUUGAGAGAUUGGCGCGGCAGCAUCGCUGGCACUAACAGUUGCGCCCGGACCCCAUACAAGAACGUACCAGAAAGGCAACCUGAACUGCGCCGAGUUUUGGCACAAAUGUUGCACUUUAAGGCCAAGUUGUUUUUGGGAGUGCUACUGAUUCUUUUGUUUUGGACAUGGCAAAUCGAGGCGAGAAGAGGACGCACCAGGAGCAGAACCAAAUCUAAGGUCCAAAUAGGUUUACCAAUUACCGGAAAAUACAGAGAUCCUGAAUCAGAUCAAUAUUAUAACAAUAAUGAUGGAGCAAAAAUAUUACUCGCAUCUCAUUUUGACUUCGAAUACGUGCUUGGACAUAAAAUUGCAUUUUUGUGCAUCGCUAAAGGAUCCCCAAGACCGCACAUUACCUGGUUCAAAGAUGGAGUCGAGAUAUACGCACAUCACUAUCUACAUAUUCACGAGUGGCCUAUCGGAGAGGAUCGCGUGAAGUCAAAGAUAGAAAUCGACCCCGCUACCCAGAUGGACGCAGGCGUUUAUGAAUGUACCGCAGACAACAUGUACUCCAUAGAUCGACGCUCUUUCAAAACUGACUUCUCUAUUGCAUUUGACUGAAUGUUUUAUAAUACUAAUAAUGCAAGACUUACAAUUAUCCGUAUCAAUUUACAGACAAUAUUCGAAUAAUUUAAAAAAAAUAAAAAGCUGCUGUGAGUUUAAUGUUAAAUAAAUGUUUU